UUUGUUGUGCUGUCAUGGCGUUACCUUUGCGCCCGCAAGCAACAACACGGCGGCAGGUGUAUUUGGCGGGCUAUUUUUCCUCGUUAUCGAAAGUUUGUGUUUUAGUUUUGUGCAAUAAAUUCGGUGUAGCAGUCGGUGCAACAGUCAGGCAAUGAGCAUGACGAUGAACGCAAAUCCGAACCGGAAGCGUUUGCGGUCCAACGAAAGCGACGGAUGCUUUGCGCUGCAGCGCAAAACGUUCGUCAACCAGCAGAUGAUGGACCAGCAGGAUCCAAACAAAAUGAAGCGCAUCCUGGCCAAAACUAUCAGCUUGCUGUUCCAGGGUGCAAAGAACCAGGACAAAGAGUUGGUCAUCGAUCAGAAGGCGUCGCUGAAAGCCGUCCGUUUGCUUGGCAGCGGUGAAAUAGACUACGAUAUGAAUGCUACCUCCUCCUGGCUGGGAAAGAAGGCUGACAGGAAAUGUCGCCAGUGCGACCGGAUGUCGAUCGUGCACGCCGACUGCACCAACUGCAAUCUGGAGCUGUGCGAGUACUGUGGCAUUAAUUGUAACACUUGCCCGGAAAAGAUCUGCCUCAACUGUGUCACAAUAUUUCACUGCGUGUCGCAUGAUUUGCCCUGCUGUGAGCAGUGUAAAAUGUUUCUAUGAAAUUCUAGGCCCUAGGAGUGGGCAGGCAAACCAUCCGGCUUCGUUUAACGAUUAGCUCAAUCGAGACUUUAUUUGCUGUUAGUUCGUUUUAGCGUGUUUUUUUAGGCUAUAUAAUAAAUCAAGAGUCAUUAGUGUUAGCUAUGGUCAGUUGCAAGCAAA